UCCUCUCGUUUUGCAGCAGCAACAGAAGAAGCCCUAAAGGCUGAAAUCUAGAAUUCGCCGACUUCAUUUUAGCAGCUCCUCUUGCUCCUUCUCUUGCGUUGCGCCGACGACGACGCCGUCGCCUCAUCCUCCCUCUUUCAGUAUCAGGCACUGCUGCUCGUUGCAUCGCGGCUGUCUCGAUAGUGAUGUCAGAAAAAAAACCUGUCAUUGGCCUCUCAUGGGAGCCAAAGCUGGCCACCUCAUCAUCGGGGAUCAAAACUAAGACUUGUGACAAAUCUCACAUUCAACCAGAAAGUAGUCUUGUUUGGAAAACUAAUACGGAGCUUGUGGAUGGUUUGUUUGUUCCACCAAACAACCCUAAAAAGUUGAACAAGUUGCUGAGAAAGCAAGUCAGCGACACAGCUGGGAGGAGUUGGUUUGACAUGCCGGCACAAACUAUGACCCCUGAAUUGGAAAAAGAUUUGCGUUUGCUGAAGCUGAGGAGUGUCAUUGAUCCCAAGAGACACUACAAGAAAGGUGAUUCAAAAUCAAAAACACUUCCCAAAUAUUUCCAGGUGGGAACUGUGGUAGAGUCUUCUUUGGACUUCUUCUCGGGUAGAUUAACCAAGAAGGAGAGGAAAGCAACGCUUGCAGAUGAGCUGCUUUCCGACCAGGCCCUCACCCAGUACAGAAAACGAAAAGUUCGAGAAAUUGAAGAACUGAAUCGACCUGCUGGAAACGAUAAGUGGAAAAUAAGGGGUCGUCAUUCACGGAAACGGGCAAAGGAAAGGAGGAAUUAGUGAAGUUGCCUCAAAUUUUUGACCAGUAAACCAGAUAAACACACUGGAUCAAGUAAGUGAGGGCUUCCAACUUGGUUUAUUGUGUAGGUUCACCAGAAGCUCUUAUAUAAAUGUUGUAUACAUCUGGUAGAUACUCUGUGGGGUGGGCUGCAAAGAACUAUAAGUUAAAAACUUUUUUUGGUUAUUGAUUUAGUUGUAAUAGGAGUAGAAAUGCUCUUCAGGUUAUUUUAUUCAACAUGUAACUGAUGAAAUGUUUAUUUGUAACUGAGGAAAACAACAAAUUCUUGUCCAUCUGGGACUCA